AUGAAACUAAUUUGUUUUCCACAAAAAGAAAUGGAUUUCCAGUGCUUCGACAUACUUAUUGAGGAGACACAACAAAACCAAGACCUGUCUAAACCACUUACAGGGCAGCGCAGAACUAGAAGGCUAACCCAAGCUCAAGUAAGGCUCUUGGAAACGAGCUUCACCAAUGAUCACAAGCUCCAAUCGGAACGCAAGCUUCAUCUUGCUUCAAAGCUUGGGCUAUCCCCAAGACAGGUUGCCAUCUGGUACCAGAACCGGCGAGCCCGACACAAGACACAGACAGUAGAGUUUGAUUACAGAAGUAUCCAACUGAAGCUGGAGGACGUCUUGGUGGAAAAGAGAAGGCUUGAGAGAGAGGUUGGGAUGCUUAAACACGAGCUGAACAGGGCUCAAGAGAUGCUGCUUCGUGUAUCAGCCAACGAUGGUGGUGGUGUCCGCUCGUCUCCCGUGGCUUCUCUUCCUUCUGUGAUUUCAGCACCAUCUGGUGUGGAUGAUCGUGGUAGUUCAAGCUCGCUUCAAAAUUAUUAUAACUAUGGAACAGAAAAUGUAACUGAGUUGCCGGCGGAGGAGCUGUAUACUUGCUUGUCUCCUUGGCCUUGAAGACAAUAAGUAUACUGACCAGUGACCACCAAUGUAAAAUAGUUCUGUUAAAGAGAGUUUCAUAAAUUUUCUACUGAAAGCAACUUCUUUCGUUCAGCACGUCCAGAAAGUUUAUAGAUAAGCCCUUUUUUUUUACCUGAUAUAUAAGAAUAGAGUUUUGUUUGUGAAAAAGGGUCAACUACAAUAGUAAAAUACUUCUCCAGAGUCUAUAAACAUGUUAAUGUUGCAUAAGAGAAAUGUAAAAACAUCAUCAUAUAGGUUAUGCCUUGUCUUGAGCUAUGCACACGAAA